AUGCUGGAAGCUCGCCGUGGUCUCCAACGAGGGGCUGCCCUCAUCGAAUCAGUGAAAGCAAUCGAGACGCUAGCUCGUCGCUGUUUUUUAAAAGGAUCUACAAUUUUUUCCCCUUUGAUGGAUCCGCAUGUGACCACAUUUGGUAAUCGUCUUCCCGCUCAUACCAUUCGUUUCAGUCCUUAUGGAGCAGAUGAAACAUGGUUGAAUAUGGAUUUCAAGGGUCCAACGUUGUGGGAAUCACCACCUUGUCAUGGUGUCUGCCUUAAAUGGAGUGAUUUCGAUAUGUUGUAUGAACACACUUGGAACUCCUGCCAAGCGCUUAUAAAAGAUACGGAACUAAUGAGGACUUUGAACGCGUCCAAGUUCGAGCUUGCCUAUGCUGAGACAUUUGAUAUUUGUGCUCCAGGGAUUCUCGAGGUGAUUUUCUACUUCUUCGAACUUACCCACGACAAUAAGAGAAAUUUCAGAAGAGUAUAAUA